GCCGAUGGCCGCCGUGAUCCCGCGCUCCCCUCCCCCGCCGGCCUCCACGAACGCGGAGCCCGCGUCCUCCGGCGCCGCCGUGGGGUCCGCGGCCGAGGCGCCCGUGCUGAUAUUCGUCUAUUUCCACAAGGCGAUCCGCGCCGAGCUGGAGCAGCUGCACGCCGCGGCGGUGCGGCUCGCCACGGAGCGCCGCGGAGGGGACGUGGCGGACCUCGAGAGGCGCUUCCGAUUCCUCUUCUCCGUAUACAGGCACCACUGCGACGCCGAGGACGCGGUUAUCUUUCCAGCACUCGAUAUUCGAGUCAAGAAUAUAGCAGGGACCUAUUCCCUUGAGCACAAAAGGGAAAAUGAUCUCUUUGCCCACAUAUUCGCGCUAUUAAAACUUGAUGUACAUAACAAUGAUGGUCUCCGGAGGGAGCUUGCAUCCUGUGCUGGAGCGAUUCGAACAUUUAUAACUCAACAUAUGUUCAAAGAAGAAGAACAGGUAUUCCCAUUGCUCAUUACCAAGUUUUCAUAUGAAGAGCAAGCCGAUUUAGUCUGGCAGUUCAUAUGCAACAUCCCUGUAAAUAUGAUGGCAGAGUUCCUUCCAUGGCUUUCAUCUUCUGUUUCAUCUGAUGAGCACCAAGAUAUUCUUAACUGCUUGCGUAGAAUUGUUCCUCAAGAGAAGCUUCUCCAGCAGGUCGUGUUUGCAUGGAUUGGAGGUAAAGCAGUACGAACGGUGGCACAAGAUUUGGAUAUUCCUUCUUCAAAAGGCAGUUGUGGAAAUGAGGACAUCUCUGGUCAAACAGACAAAAACAGAUGCUCACAUGAGCAUUCUAAAGUCGGAAAGCGGAAGUAUGCAGAAUCUAGCCACUGUCAGCUUGCAGUACAUCCAAUAGAUGAGAUCUUGUGGUGGCAUAAUGCUAUCCGAAAAGAAUUGAGUGACAUAGUAGAAGAGACAAGAAGGAUCCAGCAGUCUGGGGACUUGUCCAAUAUAUCAACCUUCAACGCCAGACUUCGGUUUAUUGCAGAUGUGUGCAUCUUCCACAGUAUUGCCGAGGAUCAAGUUAUAUUUCCUGCAGUUGAUGGUGAAGUAUGCUUUGAGCAGGAGCAUGCGGAGCAAGAACAACAGUUUAAUAAAUUUAGACGCUUAAUUGAACAAAUCCAAACAACUGGAGCAAGAUCAACUGCACUGGAUUUUUACUCUGAGUUAUGUUCACAAGCUGAUCAGAUAAUGGAGGAAAUUGAGAAUCAUUUCAAUACCGAGGAAACAAAGGUACUUCCUCAAGCUAGGACAAAAUUCUCACCAGAGAAACAAAGUGAACUUUUGUAUAAGAGUCUUUGCGUCAUGCCAUUGAAGUUAUUGGAGCAGGUUUUACCAUGGUUUGUAUCAAAGCUGGAUGAUGCAAAUGGACAGUCUUUCCUUCAGAAUAUGUUCUUGAUAGCACCUUCCUCUGAAACCGCACUGGUUACUCUUCUGUCUGGCUGGGCAUGCAAAGGCCGUUUGAAGGAUACAUCCAACUCUGGGAAAUUCAUACGCAUGCCAUCAGGAGAACUGAACUGCUCAUUGGAUGGAGAUAAGGUAGGGAAGUGUCAGUCAAUCUGUCCUUGUUCAUUGGGAAACAGCACUACUUUUUCAGUACCUCAAACAGAAAAUAGUUCAAGGCCAGUCAAGCGAAGAAAUCAUUCAGAAUCUAGCACCAAUAUUAACAUAAGUCACUGCCCAGAAACUACUGACAUUGAAGAGUCUCGAUGUAACAAUAAACCUUGCCAAAUUCCUGGGUUAGGAGUGGAAAGUAGCAACUUUGGUGCUGAUUCGUUUGCUUCUUUAAACUCUUUUCGCUCAUUGUCUUGUAGUUAUUCUGCACCUUCAUUACACUCAAGUCUUUUUUCAUGGGAGACAGACAAAGCAUUUUCAAGUCCAGAUAACAUCUCUAGGCCAAUUGAUGCAAUAUUCAAAUUUCAUAAGGCAAUUCGCAAGGAUUUAGAGUUCUUAGACGUUGAAUCUGGAAAGCUCAUUGACGGAGAUAAAUCUUGCCUUCGCCAAUUCAUCGGAAGAUUUCGUCUACUGUGGGGUCUUUAUAGAGCACAUAGCAAUGCUGAAGAUGAAAUCGUCUUCCCUGCUCUUGAAUCGAAAGAUGCACUACAUAAUGUCAGCCACUCGUAUACCCUUGAUCACAAGCAGGAAGAAGAAUUAUUUCAAGAUAUAUCCACCAUACUAUCAGAGCUUUCACACUUAUGUGAUGAUUCAGGCCGUCCCAUUGACAAAGCUAAAGAAAGGCAUAUCUGUUCAUACAAUGAGUUUGAUUGGUGUAGGAAGCAUAAUGAACUUUUGACAAAGCUUCAAGGAAUGUGCAAGUCUAUCCGGGUUACCUUGUCUAAUCAUGUGCAUAGAGAAGAACUUGAGUUGUGGCCACUGUUUGAUAAACAUUUCUCUGUAGAUGAUCAGGAUAAGAUUGUAGGUCGUAUAAUUGGAUCUACAGGAGCUGAGGUUCUGCAGUCAAUGAUACCCUGGGUUACAUCAGCACUUAGUCUAGAGGAACAGAACAAGAUGAUGGAUACAUGGAAGCAAGCAACUAAGAAUACAAUGUUUGAUGAAUGGCUAAGCGAGUGGUGGAAUAGUUCGCCUACUUCAUCUGGUCCCUCAAAUGAGACCUCCUCCCCGUCCGAAGAGAGUCAAUUUGAGGAAAAUCUCGACCAGAGUGACCAGAUGUUUAAGCCUGGUUGGAAAGACAUCUUCCGAAUGAAUCAAAGUGAGCUCGAGGCCGAGAUACGAAAGGUUUCUCAAGAUUCCACUCUUGAUCCACGGAGAAAAGCAUAUCUAAUCCAAAAUCUCAUGACGAGUCGUUGGAUAGCUGCUCAGCAGAAAUCACCACAACCAAGAUCAGAGGAUCACAAUACUGUAAUACCUGGAUGUUCUCCUUCAUAUCGAGAUCCAGAGAAACAAAUCUUUGGUUGUGAGCAUUACAAAAGAAACUGCAAACUCGUUGCUGCAUGCUGCAGUAAGCUGUUCACAUGCAGGUUCUGUCAUGAUAAAGUUAGUGAUCAUACAAUGGAAAGGAAAGCAACGGUGGAGAUGAUGUGCAUGCUAUGUAUGAAAGUCCAACCAGUUGGUCCAAAUUGCCAAACGCCUUCUUGCAAUGGUCUAUCCAUGGCAAAAUAUUAUUGCAGUAUAUGCAAGUUUUUUGAUGAUGAAAGGAGUGUGUAUCACUGCCCCUUUUGUAAUUUGUGUCGUCUUGGGGAAGGAUUGGGCACCGACUUCUUCCAUUGCAUGAAGUGCAAUUGUUGCCUCGGGUUGAAACUGAAAGAACACAAAUGCCGAGAAAAGAUGCUAGAGAUGAACUGCCCAAUCUGCUGCGAUUUCUUAUUCACAUCAAGUGCAGCAGUUAGAGGUCUUCCUUGUGGCCACUUCAUGCAUUCAGCUUGCUUUCAGGCAUAUACUUGUACUCACUACACCUGUCCUAUCUGCUGCAAAUCCUUGGGAGAUAUGACGGUUUACUUUGGCAUGCUUGAUGGCUUGCUGGCUGCAGAAGAGCUUCCUGAGGAGUACCGGAACCGGUGCCAGGAUAUACUCUGCAACGACUGUGGAAGAAAAGGGAGAUCCCGAUUCCACUGGCUGUACCACAAGUGCGGCGCAUGCGGGUCGUACAACACCAGGGUCAUCAAGACCGAUGCACCAGGUUGUUCAACGUCCAAUUGACAGGCGAGUUAUUCUUUUCUUUUUGUUGUUAUGCUCGAUUCUUCCGAGAAAUUCGUUCAUGUAAUCUAUCUAGACACAGAGAAACCCUGUGUGUGUACAGUUGUGAUAAUAAAUUUGUUUCGGAGAAGCAUAGUAUAUC